AGCGACAUCGCCGUGUCUCAGGAUAAACCCGGGGACAGACAGGAGCUCCACUCUGAUUAUUGAUCGUCCAUCGAGACCUUCUCUGAUGUGAUUAUUCUAACAUGUUUUGAAAGAGAGUGGUAGUAUUGCUAGUAUCAAUAUAUUAAAAACUCCUUUAAGCUCUUCAAUUAUUGAUUAUCGUCUACCCAGAACCAUUUUUCUUCUCCUGGCUGCUUUUGACUUUUACUGUCUUUUCUUCUCAUAUCAGCUCAACCAUCCUUUUUGGAAAAGAUGGAUAAAUUGAGUGGGAACAAUGAGACAGUGGUGAACAACAACUCCAUAGACAAGUGGUCAUUCAAUGAACGCGGCUCGUACCAACAGCUGGACCCCGGGGAGCUGAGGGUCCUGGUGCCAGCUAUUCUGGGAGUCAUCUGUGUUUUGGGUGUGGCUUGUAAUCUCACUGCGAUGGUUAUCUUGUUCUCCAACGCUCAUAGGGGCAAACUAUCCCUCAUCAACUCCCUCGUCUUCAACCUGAUGUUUGCUGACGUGCUAGUGCUGUUGUUCACGGUGCCUUUCAGGGCUGCGUCCUACCCCAAAGCUAGCUGGAAUCUGGGCUGGAUGGUCUGCAAGACGGCCGACUGGUUCCUCCAGUCCUGCAUGGCAGCGAAGAGCUUCACGGUGGCUGUCAUGGCCAAAGCGUGCUACCGCUACGUGUCCAACCCCACCAAGCAGGUGAGCAUCCACCUGGGCUCCAUGCUGGUGGUGUUCCUCUUCAUCUGGCUCUCCGCCUGCUCUGUCACCAUCCCUCACUGGCUGUUUGCCACACUGCAGAGAGAAAUCCGCGGGAUGGUGUGUGUACUGAUGGUUCCUCCUGAAGCCCAGGACUUCAUGGCUGUGUACGUCAAAGCAUACCCCCUGGGGGUCUACUGUGCACCUCUCUGCUUCGCCCUGAUGUAUUUCUGUAGGGCUUAUAGCCAAUGCCAGCGCCGCUCCAGUAAAACUCAGAACCUGCGCACCCAGAUCAGAGCCAGGAAGCUCACCUUGAUGCUGUUUAGCCUGACUGUGGCCAUGACUGUUCUCUGGCUUCCACAGUGGGUGGUGUGGGUUUGGGAGCGUCACGUAGCGGAGAAGGAAAUCGAAGGAGCUCAGCCCCUCAUCUCCUCUCUUCCCCCUCUUCUAACCCUCUCUGCCCAGCUGCUCACCUUCUCUCUGUCCCUGGUGAACCCUCUCAUCGUCCUCUUCCUCUCCGAGGAGUUCAGAGAGGGCUACAGGGGGCUGUGGAGGCGCCUCACCUUGCGCAAGCAACCUCCCCCAAAGCCAAAGCCCGGACCUCACAACCCUACAACUCUCCAGUCGCCUUGCCCCAGACCAGAGACUUCGGGCCAGCUGGGUGGGGAGAGGAGCCUUCGACCAAGCUUCAGCCAGGAUCCCAGCAGUGAGGCUCAGCCCCAGCCGGAGCAAGGAGAAAAGAGAGAAGAAGACAGGCUGAGCCUCAAAGAUGGGAUCGUCUUGCUUGAUGUGGAGCAGUUCUGGCACGAGAGGGAGAGUGGAACGAACGCAGACGAAAAUGAUCCGGUGCCGUGGGAGCACCAGAGCAAAGACGGGGAAAAAUAACAACCACCUUCCAGCUGAUCUUCAAUCCAGUCCUCAGACAGCAGCAGCUUCAUCAACACACCUCAGUUAAAGGACUGCAGAGAGCUGCACCCGUUAAUCAUUUGUGUUAACUGUCAACUGUGGUUAGGAUAUUAUUCAAAAGGUAAGACAUGCAAUCAGCGUGCAAUACAAGAUUGGACUACGAAUAAAGCAGUAUCAUCUGUAAAUGAGAUAAACAUUACCUAAUAUUGUCAAUGUGUUGUGUUUUUGUUAUUUAAUGAGGAAGAACACAUUACAUUAUAACAAGUGAAAAAAUGACUUUCGGUGGCUGUAAAUAAAAGCUUUUGGCAAUGUUGACAAUGUAAAUCCAAUAGUACACAGUAUAUCUAUAUAUAUUUUCAGUGUGUGGUGAAAGAACAUCGUAAGUUAUUAUUGUAAGUAUUACACAACACUGCCCUUUAAUUAAAGUUUUUAACGACUGGUGUGCUGCAAGAAAUCCUCUGGGAAAAAUCUUAAUUUGGCAUCUUAAUUGGAGGUAAAUGUUCUCAUUGUUUGUGUAUACCCUUUGGAUAUUAGUGAUCUUGAUGUAGGCAGUUACUUAUGUGACAGUGAGAGAGUCUGUUUCCUGUCCACUUUUUGUGAAAGAUUAUUGUGCAUCAGAUUGACCAGUGUUUACAAUAAAGGCAAUGUUGCCAGUGUGUGAUAAAA